CGAUCUAUCACUAUGCUUUCUGCAGGUCGCAUGGUUUUCGUUUUUGUCAUUUGGUCUUCCCCUUGCUUAUGUAGGGCAGUAGGACUUCAGUUUUAGGUAGUAGAGUCGUAGACUUUGUGUUGCACAGCCGGGUACAACAGCACACGAUCGUUUCAGAUCGUAAAACUUCGUGUUGUCUAGUUUACUGUGUUGCGGCGCGGUUGACACGGAAGUAAAAGUAGCAGGCGUGCUUUAAUAUCGAGUUCGCUUUCGGUUCGCUGCACUAACGACACGUGACACUACUUACCGUGAUGGUGACCACGCGGCUUAGUAUGACGCAGCAACUUCGCAGUGUGUUGAGAGCAGCGAUGGCAUUUUCUGCACUCCUGCUGUUGCAGCUCACUGAGCCGCAUUUUUUCGGCGCUUUUUCUGCCCCGCCGCCAACACCUGUAUUAGCGUCUUCAGCGCUACCUAUCGCCACGAAUCUCGCGUCGACGACGACUACCACAACGAGCAGCACACCGCGGCGUCGUACCAAUGCGGAGAUCGACAGAAUGCUACGCGGUCUAGCCAGUAGCGAGCGGCGGGGCAGCUACGACCGGGAGCCGGGGGAGCGCGAGGAAGGUGUUGACGAUGAAUAUGAUAGAGACCACGAGCUGUUUUACGAGUCUCUGGGACUCGGGCAGAACGAACUCGAGCUAGAGCAGUUGGUUGCACGGAGCCGCACACAAAACAAUGACGAGGAUCAUCGUAGGAGCAGCCCCGAGGAGAUACGGGACUGCGCUAUUACCACAGAUAGAAAUUUUGCACAACCUCUCCCUAUCCCAGAAUUAAAAACUGUACCUCCGGUAGAAGGAAAUGUUGACCGGAUGAGCGCCACUGCUGCGACCCGUCCAUCUUCUCUCGACCGCGAGGAGAUUCCAGUGACUGAUCGUGCUACGCCUGUGCGCUCUGCGACAGGGACUCCAGGAAGAGUGAUAGGUGGUGAGCCAACCUCCGAUCACGAGAAAUCGGGUGCUCCUGCAUCAAGCACACAAAUGUUUAAGAGACGAGGGUACAACGACUUUCAGCGUCCCCCGGAGAUAACCCCGGAGCCUCCUGGCGACGACAACAUUGUCGGCGCAAGCCGUCCCGAGCAAAUGCUGGCCCUUGACGACGCGGUGCGCCGUUGCAGCCAAGAAACGCUCCCAGAAAUAGAAAGCAGAGAUGCACGAACACGAAGCGCAGACCACACGAGAAAUAACGUCACUAUCGCACGACCACCAGAAGAACAAGUUCCAUCGAAAGCUGACGAGAGUGGUCCCGUGUCGACUGGUAGUUCACCGGUUGCCUUGAAGUCUCGGGCCAAGCUGCGGGUGUGGUUCGCUUCGGAUCAGCACUUGAACGAAGAGUGCCAGUACAGCCUGGAGGUCUCAAAGGCCCAGGAGCCAAGCGGUAUUCCCGAAAAAUGGCGGCACCAUGCUAUGCAUGAGAGGUGGGCCGUGCCACCGCCCGGGUUCGAGGCCGUCGUACUACAGAAGAAAACGAGCGAUGAAAGAGUAAUAGUUAAUCAAGAUGCUGCUGCUGAUGGCAGGAGUGAAACUGCUGGAGCCGAAGGUACAAGCUGCUCUCUCGUCUACGUCCGCAGCGGAGCCGAGCACACGGGGGAUGCGGUCUUCUAUCCGACCUUGGACGCCGCUUGGAACGCCUACCGCGCCAGUCAGCGCCUUCCCGUGAUGGACAAGCAUGAGCAAAUGACCGAAGAGAAACGAGCCGAGCUCGUUCGGCGAGCCCAGCAGGCGAGAACAAAAAGGUUGGAGAUCCUGGCGGAACUAAAAGCGAGGCAGACGCCGGAAAAAAACGAAAUAUCUGCAUCUGCCCAUCCACAGUAGGUAGGUGUCUUCGGGAGAGCCGUACUGUCGACCUCACUUACUGGAGGGACAAGGCGGUAGAUGGAGUUCAUCUUUCUCCAGCGACUCUUGACAAAACCACUUGCGCAGUGCAUUGACCAACACAUGCUGGCGGUCGAUUUCGAUACAACGAAAGGGAUCCUGCCCCAGCUUUUUUUAGAAGAUUCGUGUUGUUUGCGAGGCACGAAUGCACCUUCGACAAAUGAACCAAGUUGCAGUCAACUUGUAAUGUAUGAUUUCAUUCGAAUUCGUAAACGCAAUGGCGAUGCAAGGAUCAGUGCGUUAGACUCAGAGAAGCAAAGCUAAAAUAUUGACUACUUACUCUUUGCCAAGCUUUGUUGUGUGUAAAGAAAGGGCGCACGCAGAUUGUAAUUUAAAGAUGAGGUAAUGGUCGCGUAUGCAUCUUGUUCCAGUUCGUUCUGAGCAGCGUGGCGACUGAUUUCUCGAGACGACAGCGUCGACGCGAUGUUGGUUGGCAAACGAUUACCACCACUUGUAGUACAGCUCAUGUGUUGUAUAUCCGAACUGUCUUUGCCCAGAUGAUGCCACAGAGAAAUCGCCUCAGGACUUGAUUCCAUCUUGUCCACCACCUUCAU